GACGCUCCUCUCUGCCUGGAGGGGGCGGACAGCAGGCGCGGUCCUCGGGACUCCCUGGUCCGGGUCGCCGCCGCCGGCUCCUCCCGCCCGUCGUCGGCCCGCCCCUGGGGGGCGGCUCCGUCCCACCCCGCUGGCCGCCCGGAGGGCAGUGAGCGGGCGCCCCGCUUCCGGCCCAGGUAGGCUGCCGGCGGGCCGUGCCCGGGCUCCGGGAGCACGAGGCCUCCGCGCCCAGCCGCCCCGAGACCGGCCGGGGACCGUGAACCGUGCGGGGACAGCGCCCCGGGUCCCGGCGGGCUCCCGGAGGACCUGUGGCCUGCGCCGCUGCAGGUCCACCCAGGGGAACCCGCUUCGGGGUGAUUUCUGUAGGAGCAGGUUCUGAAUGCCUCUCCCUGACGCACUGUGACUUUUUUUUGUUGUGUGUUACAGGCCCAGGGUCGCAGCUGCAGCCUGGACACUUACUCCAAGUCCUGAUGUCUGAGCAUUAUUAUGCAUUAUUUUCAAGCCUUGGUAAAGUGAUUUAGACUUUUGAGAUGCUUCCAUUAAUUGGAAAAACAAUAAUCUUUGAUAAGUUCCCUGAUCCCUCGGAUACAUGGGAAAUCACCGAAACCAUUGGCAAAGGAACUUAUGGGAAAGUUUUUAAAGUGUUGAACAAGAAAAAUGGCCAAAAAGCAGCAGUCAAAAUUCUGGAUCCAAUUCAUGACAUAGAUGAAGAGAUUGAAGUGGAGUAUAACAUACUAAAAGCACUUUCUGACCACCCUAAUGUUGUUAAAUUUUAUGGGAUGUACUUUAAGAAGGACGAAAUAAAUGGAGAUAAGCUGUGGUUGGUUCUUGAGCUGUGCAAUGGAGGAUCGGUGACUGAUCUCACAAAAGCCUUCCUGAAAAAGGGCGAAAGAAUGAGUGAGCCCAUAAUUGCCUAUAUUUUGCGUGAAGCACUAUUGGGACUUCAGCAUUUGCAUAGCAACAAAACUAUUCACCGUGAUGUAAAAGGAAAUAACAUCCUAUUGACCACUGAAGGCGGAGUUAAACUCGUAGAUUUCGGUGUGUCAGCCCAGCUCACGUACACCUGGCACGGCCGGAAUACAUCCGUAGGAACACCAUUUUGGAUGGCUCCUGAGGUGAUUGCAUGUGAACAGCAAUUAGAUACCACGUAUGAUGCCAGAUGUGACACAUGGUCCAUGGGGAUCACGGCUAUUGAGCUAGGUGAUGGAGAUCCCCCACUAGCUGACCUGCAUCCCAUGCGAGCACUCUUCAAAAUACCAAGGAAUCCACCCCCAAAACUAAGGCAGCCUGAGAUAUGGUCAGCAGAAUUCAAUGACUUCAUUAGCAAGUGCUUGACUAAAGAUUAUGAAAAGCGCCCAACAGUGUCAGAUCUUUUACAGCAUAAAUUCAUUACUCAAAUUGAUGGCAAAGAUAAAGUGCUGCAAAAACAACUCAUGGAAUUCAUUGAUGUUCAUCAAUGUAUGGGAGGCACAGAAAAAGCCAGACACGAACGUAUUCACACCAAGAAAAGUAACUUCAGCAGAUCUCUGAUUUCCGGUUUGAAGGAUGUAGAUGAUUUAGCAAUCCUAGAAGUUUUGGAUGAAAAUACAGUCUCAGAACAACUUGAGAAGUGUUAUUCCAGAGAUCAGAUUUACAUCUAUGUGGGAGAUAUACUCAUUGCUCUUAACCCUUUUCAGAAUCUGGGUCUUUAUUCCACAGAGCAUUCCAAACUAUAUACUGGAGCAAAGAGAACUGCCAAUCCUCCUCACAUAUUUGCAGUGGCUGACCUGGGAUACCAGUCAAUGGUAACUUGCAAUUCAGAUCAGUGCAUUGUUAUUUCUGGAGAAAGUGGUGCCGGGAAGACUGAAAGUGCUCAUCUUUUAGUUCAGCAGCUGACGGUGCUUGGAAAGGCUAAUAACAGAUCCCUGCAAGAGAAGAUAUUGCAAGUGAACAACUUGGUGGAAGCCUUUGGCAAUGCCUGCACUAUUAUAAAUGACAAUUCCAGCCGAUUUGGAAAAUACUUAGAAAUGAAAUUUACCUCUUCUGGAGCUGUAGUGGGAGCACAGAUUUCUGAAUACCUUCUGGAGAAAUCCCGAGUUAUCCACCAAGCCCUUGGAGAAAAGAAUUUUCAUAUUUUUUACUACAUCUACGCUGGUUUAGCAGAAAAAAAGAAACUAGCCCAUUACAAAUUGCCUGAAAGUAAGCCUCCCAGAUACCUACAAAGUGACCACCUCAGAACAGUACAGGACUUAAUGAAUAAUAGUUUCUAUAAAGCCCAAUAUGAACUAGUUGAGCAAUGUUUCAAGGUUAUAGGUUUUACAAUGGAGCAACUUGGAAGUAUAUACAGUAUACUGGCUGCAAUCUUGAAUGUUGGAAACAUUGAAUUUUCUUCUGUGGCAACUGAAUACCAGAUUGACAAGAGCCACAUUUCCAAUCAUGGAGCUCUGGAGAACUCUGCCUCUUUGCUUUGCAUUCAGGCUGAAGAGCUGCAGGAAGCUCUCACCUCGCACUGUGUGGUCACUAGAGGAGAAACCAUCAUACGACCCAAUACCGCAGAGAAAGCUACAGACGUCAGAGACGCCAUGGCUAAAACUCUCUAUGGACGCCUUUUUAGUUGGAUAGUGAAUUGCAUUAACAGCUUAUUGAAGCAUGACACAUCACCAAGUGGGAAUGGUGAUGAACUGAGCAUUGGAAUUCUGGAUAUAUUUGGCUUUGAAAAUUUCAAAAAGAAUUCCUUUGAGCAGCUGUGCAUUAACAUUGCAAAUGAACAGAUUCAGUAUUAUUUCAAUCAACACGUGUUCACAUGGGAACAGAAUGAAUACAUAAAUGAAGAUGUUGAUGCUAGAGUCAUUGAAUUUGAAGAUAACCGGCCCCUCCUAGAUAUGUUUCUGCAGAAGCCAAUGGGUUUACUAUCCCUGCUUGAUGAAGAAAGUAGAUUUCCUAAGGCUACCGAUCAGACUCUUGUAGAAAAAUUUGAAGGUAACCUGAAAUCACAGUACUUCUGGAGGCCCAAAAGACUGGAACUUAGUUUUGGAAUUCACCAUUAUGCAGGAAAGGUCCUCUAUAAUGCAAGUGGGUUCCUAGCUAAAAAUAGAGACACUCUUCCAACUGAUAUUGUGCUACUUUUGAGGUCAUCAGAAAACAGUGUAAUUCGGCAACUAGUCAGCCACCCUCUGACAAAAACAGGUAAUCUGCCACAUUCUAAAACUCAAAAUAAAGUAAAUUAUCAGAUGAGGACUUCAGAAAAAUCAGUCAACCUGACAAAGGGUGAAAUUGGAGAAGCCACACGUCAUGCCAGAGAGACAACCAAUAUGAAAACACAAACGGUUGCAUCAUAUUUUAGAUAUUCACUAAUGGAUUUGUUAUCUAAAAUGGUGGUGGGCCAACCUCAUUUUAUCCGUUGCAUCAAACCAAAUAAUGAACGUCAGGCGAGAAAAUAUGACAAAGACAAAGUUGUGCAGCAGCUUCGCUACACGGGGAUUCUGGGGACGGCAAGAAUUCGAAGGUUGGGAUACUCACACCGGAUACUUUUUGCUAACUUUAUCAAGCGGUACCAUAUCCUCUGCUACAAGUGGAAUGAAGAACCCCCAGUGAGCCCUGACACCUGCACUGCCAUUUUGGAAAAAGCUGGUCUUGAUAACUGGGCUCUUGGAAAAACUAAAGUGUUCCUUAAAUAUUAUCAUGUGGAACAGUUAAAUUUAAUGCGAAAGGAAGCCAUUGACAAGCUUAUUUUGAUUCAAGCCUGUGUCAGAGGAUUCUUGGGUUCAAGAAGGUACCAAAAAAUACAGGAGAAAAGGAAAGAGAGCGCUAUAAUACUACAGUCCGCUGCAAGAGGACAUCUAGCCAGGAAACAAAGAAAAGAAACUGUUAACACAAAAAACACAGCAAUGACAACCGUUCGGACUCAUGAUCAGGAAUGUGACUACAAGAAAAACUUUGAAAAUAAAAGGGAAUCUUUUGUGAAGAAAGAGACAGAAAAUGCAGUCUCUACUAAUGAAACAGUCAUUCCAGCUCCAAAUAAUAAAGGGAGUACAUCUGCAAUGAUGGCUUCUACUUUGAAAGCAGAAGGAGAGGCUGUGAAUGCUGUUGAAAAUAACAACAGAACCUAUCAGACUCAGAUAAAAGUCAAUAAUGUGUAUAGGGAAGAAGCCAACCAACAACCAGGUUUAGUGGAGGACCUCUGGACGGAAGUAAGCUCCAAAAAGAAACAUAUGAAACACCUCGAAGAAAACAGUGAGACAAAUAAAGUGGAGGAGAAGGACACUGUGAUCCAGAAGUACUACCAGAGGUACACAGAAGAGAGGAAUUUUGAAGACUCAAAAGCAGCACAUCUGGAAAGAAGGGCCAUAUCGGAGAGGCCACACUGCCCAGGACUUUGGUUAGCUGAGAAUGAUGCUAAGCAGCCCUCUUUUAAAAAAACUUUGGAACCUAGUCUUAGCCAAAGGCCAAUUUAUCAAAAUGUAAACAGCAAAGAAACAGAGAAGAAGACAUCAGUGGUCACCCAGAAUGCACCAGUAUACAGCCCACAGAGGAGCCAUCAGAGGCAUGGGACAGUCACAGAGAGGCAAGUUGGACCAACAAAACAAGGCCAGGAAGCAGAUAGAGCAGCCGUGUUCAUCCAGAGCAAAUUCCGGGGCUACAGGAGGAGGCAGCGGUUAAGGAUGGACAGGGUGACUUCUUUUAGAAAUCAAAAGAUUGUUGUAGCACCAACAGAUGUUGCAAGAAAUACCCACAAUUUGUGUUCCUAUCCCAUAAAACACAGGGAACCCUGUCACAUCAACAUGAAGAAUGGUAAAGACUCAAAAGCAAUUUCAGAAAAAGAAGCGUCUGAUUUGGCAAUUUUUUCAAAACAGAUCUCCAGGUUAUCAGAAGACUAUUUCAUUCUGCAGAAGAAACUGAAUGAAAUGAUUUUGUCUCAGCAACUGAAGCCUUUUUAUCUGGGUGUCUAUCUUCAUAAGCCAGUUAAUAGACAAGUUUCUUCUCAGCACUGCCUCUCAGGUAUUUCUAAUGGAGAAGAGCCAAAAAUAUUAAGACCCCCAAGAAGGCCCCAGAAACCCAAAACAUUAAACAGCCCUGAAGACUCCACAUACUAUUAUCUGCUACAUAAGUCAAUCCAAGAAGAAAAAAGACGACCAAGGAAAGAUAGUCAGGGAAAAUUACUAGAUUUGGAAGAUUUUUAUUACAAGGAUUUUUUGCCCAGUCAUUCCAGACCAAAGGAACAUAACGCAUGUUUAAAAGAACGAAGACAACAGAGAGAACUUCAAAAUCAAUGUUUUAAGGCUGGUGAAAGAUGCUGGGCAGCGGCAAACCCAGAGGAAGAGGAGGACGAAGCGCCCGCAGCCAACCCCUACGACUACCGGAGGCUCCUGCGCAAAACCUCCCAGCGCCGGCGCCUGGUCCAGCAGCUGUAGCCCCUCUGCCUAGCGGCCACCGCCGUCCUAAUGUGCCAGAAACCGCGGGGCUUGCAGGGGCCUAAGCGGGGGACCGCAGGAGCCCGCACCUCCAGGCGCUGAAGCCGCGGCUCUGACCUCGGCCGGGGCUGCGGCUGCGCCCGCCCCGCCAGUGCCCAGGCCAGCCUUCGGUGCUCCUGAUGGGGCCGCCAAGUUGGGCCAUCCCUGUCUCUGCCUCCCCACCCCCCGUGUAUCUCUUUGUUCACUUGUUUUUUUCGGCUCUUGUGAGCCUGACUACGCCUGAGUUCUCGCAGACUCCUCCUGUCUCAUUUUGGAUGACUUUAAAGAAAUGUCUUCUUUCUUGGAGACAGCUCUCCCAGGCCGCGGGACACCUGCGACUGUAUUGCGUCUGCAAGAACCUCCUCUCCCGGGUGGAGGAGAAGAAUGGAGGCAGGGGAGCUUUGAAGAUGAAAUUCACCUCAACCUCGCUCUUUCCCUUUCCUUGCUUUAUUAAGAUGAUUAAAUAAAGUGCCUUGGAAAGUCCAUGGCCUUCGGGGCUC